GCCUACUUGGUUCUAAACCUCGAAUCACCUUUGUUUGGAGAACGUUCCUUGCACCGAGCACGCACUUGUCGGUCCUCCGAGCAAGUCCGUGAACGACACGCCGGGAACACGUAGCCUCACCCGAGCUGCGCUGUUCCUCGCAGGCUCUGAGGCCAGUAAGAUAAUCCAGAGAACCUCCACACGCGGCGCGCCAUGGCGAGCCGAGCACCAGAGCUCGCCACGCAUGCCAUCCACCCGUCGCUUUAAGCUUCCCCCCGCCUCCUGCACAGGAGACACCUCACUCACUCUCCCGCUAACGCUGCCGCUGCCACCUCGUACCGCAAGCUCCGCAACCGAUCAACCAACGCCGCGACAGUCUUCCCGUCACCGCCGAUGUCUGGAGGCGUGGGCCCGACGGCGGGGGGCGGCAUCAUGCUGCCGUCGAUGGGGCAGCCGCCGCCGCCGCUGCACCCGGAGCCCACCUCGCCGACGGCGCGCCCGCACCACCACUACUACCUCUUUUCCAUCAAGCAGCUCAACACGUUGGGCGCGGCCGCCGUGCUGGCCUUCUCCACCACCGUGCCGCUCUCGGAGAUCGCCUUCGCCGUCCUGCUCCUCCCCUACCUCCUCUUCCUCGCGUCGUUCGCCUUCCCGCAGCGCCCCGGGAAGCCCAACCCGUCCGCGCCCGUCUUCCUCGGCCCCGCGCGCCUCCUCCUCGCCACGCACACCGUGGGCGGCUUCCUCGUCGGCGCCGCGCUCCCGGCGCUCUACAUCCUCGACGGCCUCCGCUCCGGGGACACCACGGGCAUCGCCGCCGCGGCCCCGCACGCGUUCCUGCUCUCCGCGCAGGUCUUCACCGAGGGGCUCACCGCCGCCUUCCCGUGGCGGUUCUCGCUCCCCGUCAGGGCCGCCGUCCCGGUGAUGUACAGCGUCCGCAGGAUGUUCGCGGCCGGGGAGUGGCUCCGGCAGGAGAUGGAGGAGAAGCGCGGCGGCCCCGGCGUGGCGGAGCGGCGCGUGGUGGCCGGGAGGGUGCUCGCGCUGGCCAACAUGGCCUUCUGGGGCGCCAACCUCUUCGCCUUCCUCCUGCCCUUCUACCUGCCCAGGGCGCUCCAGAGGUACUACUGCGACGACGGCGUCGACCGCACCAACGGCGAUGGCCACGCCCACGAAGAUAAGAAGGAUUCCUAGAUGAUGCGCCGUCCGAGUGUUCUUGUGAUGGCUGUGCGUAGCCGCGUUGCAUCUUUUACUCCAGUAGAUUGUUGCUUUAAUCCCUUCCCUAAUAUUUUGGCCAUGUAAAAUUUCUCAGUAGAUGUAGAUGUCAGCGAAUGGAACUGGUACCCUGUAUGCACAUUUACUGGCGCACGUACGUUUGUGA